AAGCCUAACCCUUUCGCGUCCAAUGUAAACAAGAAGUACCGUGACGCAAUUCUUUCACCCCCACGUGCCCAGGGCCUCAUCAGUUAUGCCCACCAGACUCACGUGACCAGAACAAGUCCUUUACACCUGAGAGAGAACAUCUGAACCUCACCUGGGCCUAAGCUGACUACGGGGAGUUAAAGGAAGGGCUUCAAAUAUCAGGUUAAGGUAUUGACCUGAGAUAAGGACUUGCCCAACGCACACCUGUUGAUGGUGGUCAGUCCCCCUCAGUGCCAUGACCUAGGUAGAGGUCACCAGCAUGAUAGUGAGAGGACAAGGUGCAAGGGAGCGGGAGGCUGACCUUGGCCGUGCCUCCACCAGAUUCGCCCCAACUCCCAGCACAUCAUUAGGGGCGGACGCCUUGACCUCCAGCGAUGAUAUAUUUUCCAGUGAGGCUGUAAUGAUAGGAGAGUGUGAUGGGGAGUCCCACAACACUGCUGCCACUCUCCACUACUGCAGGAGAAGAAUAUUAAGACCACGAGAUAUUAUUUCCUCUAUUUUAGGAUACCGACAGUGGAACAAGGAUGGUGCCAACAACCAGACGGCUUGUAUGCAGACAUUCAACUUCUUGUAUUUCUUGCUCUUCUUCUUGUGUCUUGGAUUUGGACCUGUUCUGCAGUAUAAUAUUUGCUUGAAAAGAGACCAGGGUAUUGGGAAUCAGUAUACAAGCAAUCAAAAUACAUCCACAAAUGGGCAUGAAGAGAUCCAGUGGUGCUCGGGGAGUCUGGUGUUUGUGUACAUCGUUCCUAGUUUGCUGUUUAUCUUUGCAUACCUGGUGACAUGUGUUGUGCUGCGGUUUGGGGAGACAGAACACCUUCAGACACUCCUGGAGAGGGUGUAUCUCUUGGCAUCAUGUUCGCCAUGGGAGCUCACCAAGCAGCGGCGUAUCUGGUGCACUUUCGUGGUGUGGCUUGUGGCGGGGCUGGUGUGCCUGGUGUGGUCCCUCGCCUCCAUGUUGUUGCAUGUUGCUGCUGCCUCACACAUCCCCUACUCCUUUAUCAUUCCAAGAACCAAAUCGGACAAGGUUGGUCUGUGGGUUGGGGCACUGGGGAUUCUGUGGCUCCAGGACAUUGUUGUGGUGAUGAGUGUCCUCCUUUACUGCACCCAAUGCCACCUCCUGUCCCAGCUCCUGCAGCUCACCAGGACUGCCAUAUACCAGGGUGAUUCCUCGCUCAUCAUCAUCAAAAAGCAAGUUGAAGAAACGUCAAGAUUUCUGCGACACUUGAAUCAGGAGUUGGGUCUGAGUGUUGGGCUGUUCCUCUGCCUGCUGGGCUUCAGGGUGACGACAGGUGCCAUCAGCCUCUUCUAUUACUUAAAGUUGUACAUUCAUCCUGAGAAGAUGGUGUGGAAGUGGGCUGGUCAGGAGUCCCAGCAGACCUUCCACUUACUGGCACUGGUGUUCAACCUUCUACCAUGGCUGGUGCUGACUGUCCUGCCUCUCUGUACUGCUGCCAGGGUCUCCAGCAACUACAGAGCUCUCAAUAAGGCUGGCAGUCAGCUGCACGGCCGACCCUUUGGCUACCAGUCCACGCCACAGCAGGACCUGGACUCCUUCCUGCUGUACGUCACAAGCCUGCACCUCCAUGCCAAGAUUCUGUGGAUCCCAGUCCGUACGUACUUCUUGGUGUCUGUGUUUGUCAUAUUUGUAAUGUCCUUCAUAAUACUGAGCUACCUUUACUUCUGAUCGCGUGAGGCAAGUGAGUUGACGGUAAAAUGCUGAACCAUCUUAUUACAGCUAUAAAUUAUGUGUGUGUGUGUGUGUGUGUGUGUUUGAAUAUCAGAAUAUAUGAAAUUGCAUUAUAAUUCUCAAAAAGUUACAUAUUCACCCUCUAUUCUAUACACACUGAUAAGACACUUCUAAUCCUUGAGAUAAUCAUUAGAUGAAACUCAAAUACUCAAUUAUAGGUAAGAAAGUUGUCCACAGUUUGAGUGUAACAUACAGCAACAUACACAAUGCAUGUUGCAUGAUGAAUGUUACAUUUCCAUUCUGAAGAUCUGAUAUCCUGAUUUAUCUAGUGCCUGAAAGUAAUUAAUGAAGGUUUACACACUGCUGCUCCAAAAAGCUGUGAUAUAUGUCCCUUGGAGUUAAGGAGAUAUUGUUAAGAUGGAAUGGCUGCAAACAGCUAAAAUACAUUGUUGCUUUUAGUUGUUAAUAUUUUUGUAAAAAGUAAUGUGUGUAUCUUAUAUAUCAGACAGCUCUCUCUUUGGUAUUAUAUACUUUAUUCCGUUAUGGAGCUGUUGACUUCUUUUUUUGUACUGUAUCUUGAUUGAUGAUAACUUCAUAUGAGUUUUUCAAGGACUUUGCAUAGGUGUACUUAGUUCUUCCUACCUGAGAGUAAGGAAGUCAAGAUUACAUGAAGGGGAUUAUUUGCAUCCUGAGUUGCUUGGAAACCUGCAAAGAAUGUGAUAACAGGAAAGCUGCAGAAGUUUGGUGGAUACAGUGGAAGCAGAGACACAGCUUAAAAGUUUGAUCUGCUUGGCAUGGCUCAGGUCCUGAUAUAGCUUAAUAGUGCCUCUGAAAAAAAAAGUAUUAAGAGCACAUAUAUUAAAUAAGAAUUAUAGCUUUUGAAUUUGCUGAAAAAGUGGCACAUUUAAUGCAUGAUGUGUAAUGAAUGUGAUUGAGAAAUGGCCUGGUCAUUGUGAGGUCAGAUCUCAUCAGCACCACCACCACCACAGGGAGGCAUAUGUGUGAUGACUGGGCAUUUGUCUUGUUGACUGUGUGUCUCCCAUGACUAAAAGACCCCAUUCUACCAAGCCAUAACCUGUGUGUAAGCUGGCAAGGCUCACUUCACCUUGAUAAGACAUAUAUCUCAUUUUCACCAUGCUGCUUAUUAUGCAUUGAUUAAUUAUAGGACCAAGUUCCAACAUUUAGUAAUAAGAUUGAUUUUUUGUACUUGUAAGGUUAAGAUCUGCUGACAUAACAUAAAGACUGUGAUCACAUUGAAACAUAAAGGCUGGAAUUAAGAACAUAAGAUAAGGGAGGUUGCAAGAAGCCAUCAGGUCUACAUGUGGCAGUCUCUGGUUGUGGAGGCCUUGACAAGAUUCUAGUACCAGUAGCCACCCUGGUGUGAAGGCUUCUGUACCUCUGUAGAGUACUCAUGUAGUAUGUAUGUACUUUCACAGUGGACCAACUCAUCAGGAAAGGUAGGGCAAGGAGGCUAGUGAGGGUGUGGAGAGGGUGCAUGGGUGACAAUUGUGGGUCAGCCCUACAGAGAUGCACCCCGGUAAGCAGUGGUGCUGUGUUGCUCUGCUGCCUCACAGGAGGAUAGGCAGUGCUAUACAACAGGCAUGUGCUUAGUAUAGGUUGCUACACUGGAAUUCCUUUAAUAAUUACUGUCUCUUGAAGCUUUAAAUCAGUAACCUGCAGUUGUCUUUCUUAUCAGUGACUUGCUUUCAUCAUUCCAAAAGGCAGAUUACUGGAGUUUGCUGGAAGAGCAUUUAGUAGUCACUGUGUAUGCACAUGGACAUCUUGGACCACAAAAUAACUGCUAGUCACAUGUACAUAAGUAUUUUUAAGGAAAGGUUUCACAGACUAGUGUUACUCAAGAUAUGCCACUGAUUAAAAGUCAUCAAUACAUAAAUACCUAAGUAAUAUAUCUGAUCAAACAAAAUUAAGUACUUAUAAUAAAUAUUUUAUAGAUUUUAUAGUUAUUUGUACACAAACUUAUCAAUAGCAUAUAAUAAGGAUUUAAACUAAAAGCAAUCUAUUAAUGAUCGUACCCCAGGCUAUGAUGAGGAUCUGGGGAUGUGUGGACAGCCUACCUCAUUUUACCAUUUGGUGAUUGUUACUGAUGGGUGACUGCCAGUGAGCAUGAGCACUGAAUGAGUCAUGUGGAUGGGAUGCCAGUCUUGUGGGUUGAUCAUCCAGUGUUUCUGUAUUCUUUAAUGCAAGAGAAGCACUGGUCAGAGGCAACAAAUAUAUAAAAAAGGCCCACAGUGUGAGUUACACUUUACCACGAAUGUACUAAGACAACUCCUUGAGGAAAAAAAGUGACAAAUAGUUAUGAUGUUUAUUGGUAAUGAAUUGGUAGCAGAUUGAUUAUGAUGUAACCAGCCUUAGCCACUACAUAUUUGGGAGGGAUAACUGUGUGGGAGCUUGUUGUGAGGACCUGUUAGAAAUAGAGGUGAUGGAUGACUGAGGCAAUGCACCGUGACACAUUCCCUGUAUUUAUAAUCAGUAUGGUUUGCUGUUUACCUGCUACAUGUUUCAAUUUAGCAAGGGUUGUUGUCAUUCAGUCCUCCUUGUGGCCAUUGUGAGAGUGACCAAGUGCUGCCUUUUGUUGUUUGCUUCGUUUGAGUUGGAUGGCAUGCACGCAAAACAUGACAAUCGAUAUUUGAAAGUGAAUGUUCCUGAAGAAGUUUUAAGUUAUGUUUAGUGACUCAUAAUCCAUCCAAAGAAACUUCCUUUAGUCCUGGUGCAUGAACUGGCGUGAGUAAGGCAUGCGUGGUCGGUCUGAUGGAAUUACAAAAUGAGAUUCCUUUUCAGAAUGAUGUAGUCUUUUGUUUUAAGAAAGACUGACAUGAGAAACUGAGCAUCAAGGCUUAGACUUUUGUUAUUAAGAGUGAGACUUACAAGGGAUGUUAUUUUCCUUUAAGCCAAUCACAUGCCUGAGUUUGGUGGUUUGUAUUAAGUGCUUUAAUGUUUAUCUUUUUGACUAUGGCUAAUAAAUGUUAUUGUUA